AUGCCGCAUUUUGAAUCUGCCCCCAAGUACUCGGAGACCGAUCCGGCGCAGGCGGCGAGGCAUCCGACUAACCCAGUGCCGCCGUAUGAGGAGUUCCAAGUAAAAGCCCUUCAGAGGAGAGACACUGAGCGCAUAUUCUUUGACCAAGCCGUGAUAAAUGCACUUGGAGAUGACGAGACCAUCGUGAACGCGGAGCGUUACGGCAACUCUUCGUGGUCGGCGACUGGCAAGCUCACCACCAAGAGGUCAGAUGGAACACUCCACGACUACUUCCUGAAGAUUAUCAAGGGCGAUCUUGCAGGGCCCCGUGUUCUGGGCGAAUUUGCCUGUAUGAAGGAGCUGGAGAAUGCAGUGCCAUCACUUGUGCCGUCAGCCAAGGCAGCAGGCAAAUGCGUUGACUCCGAGGGUGCUUUCUUCCUAUGCGACUACCUCGAGAUCGACCACCGCCCUGCCAACCCCGAGCAGCUGGGCAAGAAGAUCGCAGAGCUCCACCGGGCCAGCGUCUCCCCCACGGGCAAGUUCGGCUUCCACCUGACGCCCUACGACGGCAAGCUCCCCCUGGCCGCAGACUGGGACAGCAGCUGGACCUCCUUCUUCACCAAGCUGCUGUCGGGCGUGCACCAGCUCGACCGCAAGGUCAACGGCGCCUGGCCGGAGCUGGACGACGCGAUGGAGCUCACCCUCAAGACGGUGAUCCCGCGCCUCCUGGACCGCCUCACCGAGGGCGGGCGCGAGGUGAAGCCGUGCCUGAUCCACGGGGACCUGCACGAGCAGAACAUCGGCACCGAGCCGCGCACGGGCAGCAUCUACAUCUUCGACUCGUGCGCCUACUACGCGCACCACGAGAUGGCCAUGGGCAUGUGGCGCGUCGACCACCACCACAUGAAGGCGCGCGAGUACCGCCGCGAGUACUUCAAGAACUACCCGCCCGACGAGCCGCAGGAGGAGGCAGACGACCGGAACAGGCUGUACGCCGUCAAGGAGGAGAUCAUGUACUCGGCCCACGUCCCCGGCACCAAGGCCCGCGCUCAGGCGCUGGAUGACCUCAAGUUCUUGAUUGAGAAGUAUGUUGAGUAUGAAGACUCUGAUGAAGAGGAUGAAGACGACGAGGACAGUGAUGCCGCGAGCUCGGGGGACGAGAAGCAACUUCUUGUUCCGUACUCGCUAUAG